AUGGGGCAGAGCCCAAGUUUGGUCACUUCGGAGGCCGUGGCGGAGGCUCCUCCACCCCCCAGCCUCCACACAGUGCCCCCAAGACUGGCUGCGCGACCCGCCGUCGGCGGCUACGGCCCAAGCCUUGCGGAGCGCAUCGUGUGUCAGGUGCUCACGACGGACAUGGGCUUGUCUCUACGGGGUGCGAUCGGACAGCAGUUGGGUGCGUCUGGAGACGACCCGGAGGACGCACUGUCUUCGAACGCGAUCACGGCGUGGCCGCCCAAGUCACUUGCCGUCAAGCUCGUCGAUCUUUUUUUUGAGUACCAUAUUGCGUUUUACCCCAUCUACAACCAGGACGAGGUUGCAAAAGAUAUGGACGAACUCUACGGUGUAACGCAUCCUGGCGUACCAACCCCGUCAACGUUCACUGUGCCAGACUACCGCAUCUUCCGUCUAUUUCUUAUCCUUGCGCUGGGAUGUAACCUCCUCGAGACGGAGCGGGGCACACCACGGACCGACACGGCAACGUCGCUGUGCAGAUAUGCUUUGGAACACUUUCCAGCAGUGUUCCGCGUCAGUGAUCUGGCGUGUAUUGCUGGCCUGGUGACGUUCACGCAGUACUGUAUCCUCGACUUUGGCCGCACUUCUCCAUACCAUGUUGUCGGGGUAGUUGCCCGCUUCGCCAUGGAGCUGGGUCUGCAUAGGGACGACUCCUCACUCCCGCUUGCUGAACAAGACGCCCGGCGACGCGUUUUCUACACUGUGUACAACCUCGACCGCGUCGUGGCUGUUUCCCUCACAAAGCAGGUCACGAUCCCAGACAGUGUCAUUACCGCCCAGCUGCCAACUGCCUGCGCUACCCGUCUGCAGAGCUACCUGGACCCAGCCGAGUGGUUCGCACAUGCGAUGGCCAUGCGGCGCCUCUCCGGCAUUAUUCUCGACGAGGUCUACCUUGCACCUCGGCUAGGCGACCUCGAGGAGCGGGAACUCACCCUCGCGCGCAUCCACAACCUUGUUGAUGACUGGUACGACGGGAUACCUCGCGAUGCGGCGGGCGAGUGCGUGCCGCUUUUUGAGCUCUACUACAACGUACUCCUUACCAACCUACACCGUCCCUCACCACUGUGCACAUCCACGCAAGCGCUGCGCAUGGUGUCGUUGCGCCGCACUGCGUACCGCACUAUAGAGCUCUACAGGGCAGUCCGCGCACAACGCGGCCUUGCAGAGAACUAUGUGCACCUUGCCAACAUUGUGACUGUCGCCGUCACCGUUGUGUACACCCUUUUGGAGGCGGACGGCAACCCGCGCAAUCUGGCACUCCGUGCAUGGCGGCGCGAGGCCUUUGCGCAGGUUGACGUUUGCGAGCAGCUCCUGGCCAAUUUCUGCAUCAACUGGCCUGGCGUGUCACGCUUCUGUAGUGCGUUCAACGUCCUUGCCAACGAGGUCCGCGGCAAACUCGGCGGCCAGCCAGCACCUCCACCAGCCGUUUGGCCUCUCGUUGCUCCACAACAGACACAGGUGUCCGGCUUUUCAGAUACAGGGACGUCGCCCCAGUUCUCAGACCAAGGGCAGUGGGAUGCGUGGGCGGCUCCAGCACUCCUCACAGAAGCAGACAUGCAGAUGGCCCUCUCAGGCAUUGGCGUGGACGCGCUCCUGGCGAGUGUGGGUCUGAAUGUGUUUGCCGAAGUGGAGUGA